AUGGUAGCGCAGGGCUCACGAGCCAAGCCGGUUCGGCGCCUGAAAAAGGGCACCGAAACCACAAAAUCCCACCGCUGGGAGCCCUUUUCGCAACGCAUCGCGAAGCUCAAAAUCGAUCCGAUCCAUCGCGUGCGCCGGGCGAGCUUUGGUGAAGAUGCCGACGAGACCUCCUCCUAUUUUCGGUCGGCCCUUGACCAUUGGGUCGAAAUGAACCUGUCCGACAAUUUCAGCACCUUUGCACGCCGUGUCAAUUCCCUCUCCGAAACCCUCGCCCAGAUCCUGUACCACGAAGAGAAGAUAAUGGCGCUGUUGGUGGAAUUUAUUGAGAAGAGAGACCAGAACUCCAUAGAGCCUCUGAUGAGUCUUCUUGCACAAUUUGCUAGAGAUCUGGGAGUUCGUUUUGAGAAGCACUUUGCGGCGUCCGUUACUCUGGUGGCGUCUGUUGCUGCUACACACCCCGAUGUCGAGGUCGUGGAAUGGAGUUUUACUUGUCUGGCUUGGAUUUUCAAGUUCCUUUCUCGACUUUUGGUGCCAGACCUGCGACAGCUUCUGAGUAUCAUGACACCAUAUCUCGGUAAAGAGCGACAAAAGCCAUUCGUUGCUCGGUUUGCAGCCGAGUCCAUGUCGUUUUUGAUCCGCAAAGCCGGUCUCGUCUACUAUAAAAACAAGACGCCCCUCGAGAACGCCGUUUCCUAUCUCUUUGACGACAUUUCGAAAGCAGCACAGGAAGGGAAGAACAUUGAAAACUAUAAGGAAGGCUUGAUGUCCAUGUUUUCAGACGCUAUCAAGGGAUUCAAUAACGGCCUUCAUUCCAAUGGAAUGGAUAUUCUUCGUUGUGUUCUGAACCAGCUUCCUCCGGCCAAUGAAAGGCGCAGCGAGCCAGGGGACGUUGCAUACGGUUUGGUGAUCAACCUUGUCCACCACACCACCCCCGAGACUUUCGGCCCUAUUCUUGACACAGUCAAGGAAUAUGUUGAAUCUCGAUCAGAAGGGUCCAAGAACCCGAACUUGCCCGAAUGCUGCCGUCUGGUCUUCGUAUGCUUUGGAACCCGCAAGGCAACCCGAAUUAGAGACUGGAAGUCUGUUCAUCAGACCCUUGUGUCAUUGCUGAAGCAGGUGGCCGCAAACCCGGAUAAAAACUCAGAAACCAUCCCUCAGCUUCUCGCCGCUGUCGCCUACGCCCUGCAGAUGUCUCCCAUGGAUGAGAUGCUGCCAUAUCUGCGCCCCUUGAUAGAGCAAGUGUCAACAGGACCUCUCUCGAAGUAUUUCCUGUUUUUCUGCACCACAUUCUCGGAAUGGGGUUCCGAGCGUUUUCAAAGUCUGCUCGUUCCAUAUUUCCAGAAGUUUAUCAAUUCAUCUUGGCAAGCGCAUGAGCUGGAGAUGUGUCUGACUCUGCUCCGGCUUAACCAGUCGGGCUGUAUCACAUCUGAGUCAUCGAAGCCGGGCUACGUCUCAUGUCCUGACGGUUUGAACUCUCGCAUUUUCGAUUCAUUGAAAUACCCUAUGAGUGAUGAACAAGUGGUGAAUGCGUUGGUCAAGAUCCCGAAGGCCAUCUCAUUGUUUGCAGACUCUGCUACUCUACCCAAGAUUGUGAAGAAGCUGCAAAAUAAUCUUGUGUCCGCCUUGAAAGAUGCUGCUACUGAGACAGACGGCAAGCAGAAUAAUGACUUAAUUUUUUACCUGGGCCAGGGUUUCAAGAUUUAUGUCGACCUAGCGAAUCAAGCAGGAAAGCUCGACACAGAUCUUUGGAAAUCAAUUCUUGCAGUAUCGACCAAAUUCGCUCGCCUCCCAUUAUUCCUCGAGGGUGUCUUGCCUUUUAUCACUUCACUUCCCGAGUCGUUCGAUCUGGAAACUCCUGCCUUGGAAGAUUUCGCCCGCAGCCUGAUCUUCAACCUGGCUAGCCCCUCGCAGAGACUCAGACUUGUAUCUCUUCAAAUCCUACGUGAAUUGAUCGCUAGAGUCCCUGGCGACGAUGUUUCUCCCGUCUCUCUAGCAAUUGAAGUCGAGGAAAGUCCUUUGACCCUGCAAAGCGCUAGAACGGUGUCGAUGCACGUCAGAAAGCUGGCACUUCUCUAUCCUCAAAUCGCGUCUCACAGGUGGAUGGCUAGUCUCAUUCCUUACUUCUGCUUUGGUUUGUUUUCGAAGAAGCUGACUCCUCUCUGGGACGAUUCCGCAGCUGCUCUGAAAACCAUAAGUGAACAUCCAGAGGGAGAGAAGAUUGUCUCGGACUUGUCUGUUCAGUGGCUGCAGGAGCGGGACUCUGGUGCCACAAAUGAGGAUGAGGUCGAGGAAGAGAAUGAAGAUUCGUUUGUUUCAAGUCACUUCGAGUGCUUCAAUGUGCGCAAGAUCGAAAGUGUCUUCGCUGCCAACAUGAAGACUAUGGAGGAUCCCUCUGCAAUCUUGUCUCAGCAGUUCGACAAAGAUCACAAGAUUGCUGAACUUGUUCCCGGUUUCCCUCGCAGCCAUGCGCUUCGCGUGUUGAAUGCCACUCCCAAUGUGGCCGAAAAGCGAUCACGCCAAGUCAUGCCUUUGUUCCUCUCCUGGGCUACCCGGGACGAUCAAGAUGAUCUGCCUGCCACUGGUGAUGACACCGAGGAAACCGACUCUACGCCAACUCGAUGGGGCUUCAAGGAUCGACUGGCAAUGCUUGGCCUGCUUGGUCAAUUCGUCAACCCUAAAGUUCUCUUCAAGGCACCAGAGGUUCACGACGCGAUUCUCGGCCUCCUGUGCCACGGUAACUCGGAAAUCCAGAAGGCUGCUCUCAAGGCGCUCUUUACCUGGAAGAACUCGCAUGUUCUGCCCUAUCAAGAGAACCUGCUCAACAUUCUCGACGAGUCUAGAUUCAAGGACGAAAUGGCAGUCUUCGUUCGUGUUGGCGGCGAAGACAGUUUGAUCGAACAGGAGCACCGCCCUGCUCUGCUUCCUGUGCUUCUUCGACUGCUUUAUGGUCGCAUGAUCUCGAAGGCUGGUGCCUCUGGUCAAGCUGGUCAGGUUGGACGAAGAAAGGCCAUCCUGAGAACCCUAUCUCUUCUUUCCGAAGAAGACUUUGGACAUUUCAUGCAACUCGCAUUUGGUCCUCUGGCGGAGGUUUUUGUUGUCAAGGACAACGCCGAGAACUCGUCUGCCUUCUUAGAAGAGUUCACCAGCCCUAGGAGACAACUUGGUCUGCUCAAAAUGCUUGACACUGUCUUUGAUACCCUUCAAAGCCGCAUGGCUCCUUACUCCACACAGACCAUGAACGUCGUCAUUUACUGUCUGGUCCGCGCGUGCCGAGCCAUCUACGACGAGGGCAGCGACAUCUAUGUCGACCGAUCUGAUGAGCGUCUCCUGGCCAUUUUCCAGAACAUUCGUCAAACCUGUAUCCGCUGUCUCAAUCUCAUCUUCUCGGUCGCCUCGGAUCGCGAUUGGACUCCUUAUGUUGGCAUCAUCUUCAAGGAGCUGAUCAACAGCAGACUUGAUCAGUUCCCCAUCGAGACCGCUCAGGGUGUCUCAGGCCUCCUCCGAUUGUUCCAUACCUGGGCGUCCGCUCCUAAGUCGACAUUCUACCUGGUGCAACACAACAAGGAUGUCUUGACCAAGGUCAUCGACUGCCUUGCUGUUGAGUCGGCACGCGAUGAAGUCAAGAUCUUUGUCAUGGAUGAGGUUCUUGUGCCGCUGGUCCAGCAGUCUACCGGAAAAAAGGAUGACGAAGAUAUGGAGAUGUCUGAUAUUCCCCCAGAGCAGAUUCGAUCUGAGGUUCUUUCUCCCUACUUGGAACACGCCCUCUCUCUCCUCGGUCCCCUUCUGAGGGUCGGCCCUCCUUCGAAGCCUGUUCUCUAUUCGGGUGUCAACGCUCUUUCGCUGAUCGCUCCUUGCGUCGAGUCUUCCAAGGAGACCUCAAGCUUGAUAAGCAUUUCCACAUAUCUUCUUCGCCAGCCUCCAGACCGUGUCAGCCCCAAGACCAAGUCUGGUCUCUUGCGCAUUCUCGAGUACUUCCUGCCUCUGUACAACCCCAAGGACGAUGCCAAGCUGUCGCAGCAGGUCUUCGAGGCUGUCUCCUCUAUGUUCGACUACUUCAAGGAUGAUGCAAAUCGAGAGGUUCUGGCACGAGUGUUCUCUGCUCUGGCUACCCAUGACAAGGAACUUGAGGAAAUCGCUGAGUUGUGUGCGGACCUGAACUCACGCUCCAUGAAGAAGCUAGAGCCUGACUACGAACGUCGUCUGCUUGCCUUCCGGAAGGUCAAUGACGAGCUAUCCCAGACUCUCAACGCCAAGCAGUGGAGACCCCUUCUCUACAACAUGCUUUUCCACGUUAAGGACGAAGACGAAUUAGCUGUUCGGUCAAGCGCUUCAUUCGGUCUGAGGCGCUUUGUCGACAAGGCUGCCAAUGAAGUUGGAGUUGAUGAAUUCGAAGCUCUCAUCAAUGAUGUUCUGCUUCCCUCGCUGAAGUUUGGAAUCCGCAACAAGUCAGAAUUGAUUCGCUCUGAGAUCGUCGCGGUUCUUGGUUACUUCGUCAAGUCGAACCCCAGCCGGCCUUCUGUGCAGGAUAUGCAUGUACUCCUCGUCGGCGAUGACGAAGAGGCAUCUUUCUUCAACAACAUUCUGCACAUCCAGCAGCACCGUCGUCUUCGUGCCCUGCGACGUCUGGCUGGCGAGGCUGGCAAGGGCAAUCUUCAGUCGACCAACCUGGGAUCUAUCUUCCUUCCUCUCGUCGAGCACUUCGCAUUCGAGGGAGCAGAGGACGAAGCUGGUCACAACUUGAUUGCUGAAGCUGUUGCGACAAUCGGUGCUCUUGCUGAGUGGCUGGACUGGAGUCAAUUCCGCAACAACUUCCGAAGAUACCGCGGUUACAUGCAGAGCAAGCCUGAAAUGGAGAAGAACAUUCUACGACUUCUCGGUCGGAUGUCCGAUGCUUUGUCUAGCGCAAUCGACCAGAAGAAGGAAUCAGGCAACGAGGCAGAUGGCGAUGCUAUGGAUGUCUCUGAAGUCAAGUGCACUCUUACGAAGACAGUGCCGGAUCACGCAAAGGUCUCAACUGAGCUGACAACUAACUUUAUUCCUUUCCUGACUCACUUCAUCCACCACAAGAAUGAGGCGGAAAUGAGUCUGCGUUUGCCCGCUGCCGUCACUACCAUCAAGCUCUUGAAGAUCCUUACUGAGGAGGAAAUGGCCAUUCGCCUGUCACCCGUUCUCCUUGAUGUAUGCAGUAUCCUGAAGUCCAAGUCACAGGAUGCACGCGAUACCGCUCGGAAAACACUAAGUGACAUUGCUCUUCUGUUGGGCCCUACAUACUUCGGCUACAUACUGAAGGAGCUGCGUCAUACUCUCCUGCGAGGUUACCAGCUACACGUCCUGUCUUUCACUGUUCACUCCCUGCUGGUGGUUACUACCGACCAUUUCAACCCGGGUGAUCUCGAUUACUGCCUAACGGAUCUGGUUUCGGUCGUCAUGGAUGAUACCUUUGGUACCGUCGGUCAAGAAAAAGAGGCCGAGGACUAUGUCAGCAAGAUGAAGGAAGUGAAGAGUAGCAAGAGUUACGAUUCGAUGGAACUCCUUGCUAAGAACGCCACCAUCCGCGAUCUCUCCAACCUCGUGCGACCGCUUCAAGCUCUGUUGCGCGAGAAGCUCAACUCCAACAUGGUCAAGAAGCUCGACGAGCUGAUGAGACGCAUUGGCAUCGGUCUGCUACGGAACCCUGGCGCUGAAAGCCGGGACAUGUUGAUCUUCUGUUUCGAAGUCAUCAAGGAGUCAUAUCUGGAUGAUAACGCGGCUGCCGAUCAGAAUGGCCCCAAGUCUGCGAUUGAAGAGCGAUUCCUUGUGAAGCUCCAGGGCGCGAAGCGUGGCGAGAAACGGGGCAUCACUUCCUCUCACAUUUACAAGCUUACCCGGUUCUCGCUUGAUGUUCUUCGUGCUGUGCUCAACAAGUUUGGAUCGCUGAUGACUGCUACGAACCUGGCUGGCUUCCUGCCUGUCAUUGGUGAUGCGCUGGUGCAGGCCCACGAGGAGGUCAAGAUUUCUGCCCUGCGACUUUUGUCUACGAUUAUCAAGCUUCCUCUGCCAGAGAUUGACCAGAACUCCCAUGUCUAUCUCACCGAGGCUGUGAAGUUGAUCAAGGAGUCGCCCAGCACCAACUCCGAGGCGUCUCAAGCGUCUCUCAAGCUGAUCUCCGCCAUGAUCCGUGAGCGCAAGACCACCAAGCUUCGUGAUGGACACCUUGCCUACCUCCUCGGACGCCUCAAGGCUGACAUCGAGGAGCCGGACCGUCAGGGUAUCACCUUCAACUUCAUUCGUGCCGUCAUGUCGCGCAAAUUUGUCGUUCCCGAGAUGUACGAACUGGUUGACUCUAUUGCCACUAUGAUGGUUACCAACCAGACUCGUUCCGCUCGCGACCUUGCCCGUGGUACCUAUGUUCAUUUCUUGAUCGAGUACCCGCAAGCCAAAAACCGAUGGACCAAGCAACUUGGUUUUCUUGCGAAGAACUUGGACUACAAGCAUCAGGAAGGAAGACAGUCAGUCCUGGAGGCAAUCCAUCUGCUUCUUUCCAAGACUGGCCAGGAGUUGGCGCAGGAAAUCAUCAGCACUUUCUUCCUUCCCGUGGUUCUGGCCAUGGCCAACGAUGAUUCACCCGAGUGCCGUGAGAUGGCCGGUGCUCUGCUGAGCCAAUUCUACAGUCGCGCUGAUCGCGAGAAUAUGAAGACCAUGCUGACGCCGCUCCGCUCAUGGCUCGAGCAGACUGACAACAUGGCCCUCGGCAGUGUCGGCCUGCAGGCUAUGCGUAUCUACUUCGAGGCUGAGGAGACAGAAAAGGACAAGCAAGGCCGCUUCGUUGUCGGUAUUCUACCGGGUCUUAUGAACCCUAUCCUCGCAGCCUACGAAGACGGAAACUGGGAGACACUUUACUUCGCUCUGCAGCUCUUCACCAAGUUGUGCAAGACCGUCCCCGCUCUCGCUCUCAGCCAAGACUGCUCCUCUAUAUGGGCCUCUAUCCGGGAAUCGCUAUUCUUCCCCCACGCCUGGGUCAAGGCCUGCGCGGCAAACCUCGUCGGAACCUGGAUGUCCGACCUCGCCAAGACACACGCCGCUACCGGCUACAGCGCUCUUCCCCUCGCGGGUAGCUCUGGUCUCGUUCUAGACAAGGAAGCCAUGCUCCAGCUCGUCCGUGCCAGUCUCCGCUGCCUGCGCACCCCGGGUAUCACCGAGGAACUGGCGAUGCAAAAUGUGCGCAACCUUGUCUUCCUCGGCCGCUGCUGCGCCCAGAACGGUCUCGAGUUCCCGACGUCCGGAACCGAGGAUGAUGUCGAGUCGGAAGAUGAAGAAGAGGAUGAGAAUGAGGCUGAGGCUGAUGGCGAGGCCGCGACGAACGGCGCCACGCCCGCGAAGACUGCUAUGCACUACAUCUUCGGACAGAUUGCUUCUCUCCUCCGCCGAGAAGUCAUCUCUACCCGUCCUGCAGCACUGGUCCCCAAGUCCGCAUCGAUCACCCUCCUCGCUGCCCUCGCCCGCCACCUGGAAGCCGAGCAGAUUCUGCCCUCACUCCCUGUCAUCCUUUUGCCACUUCAGCACCUGACAGACACAACAAUCCCGGGCCCUCGAUCCACAGACCCAACCUUCCAAGAAACCUACAAGUCGCUCGUCUCGAACUGCCACGAAGUCCUGGACUCGCUGCAGAAGAAGCUCGGUACUUCCGAGUACAUUGCGCAGAUGGCCAAGGUGCAGGAAACUGUCAAGGAGCGCCGUGAAGGUCGACGUGUGAAGCGUCGUAUCGAGGCUGUUGCUGAUCCCGAGAGACACGAGCGUGAUAAGAAGAGGAGGAAUGAUCGCAAGAAGGAGAAGAGAAGAGAGAAGGGGGUUGGAGCAUCGUGGAAAGAGACGUGGCCCGAAUAA